GACACAUGUCCCCAUAUGCAAAGCGAGUACAUGCGAAAAACACUUCCUUCACUUCUCCUCCGUUACGCCAUUAAUUAAAGAAAGAAAAAGAAAAAGAAAAAAGGAAAAAAAAAUCUCAUCAAACCACUCCUACCUUUACAACAACACCUACAUCUCUCUGGCCAAAUUAAAAACCCCCAGCUUAUUUAACCAUCACCCCAAAAUCCCAAAACUCCAUUAUUAAAAGAAAAACCCACCAAAAAAAAAAGAAAAAAGAAAAUCAUUAAACAAGAUGAGAUCAAGCAACCACUUGAUAGGAGUAGUGAACUUCUUCACGUUCCUGCUGUCGAUCCCCAUCCUGGGCGGCGGGAUAUGGCUCAGUGGCCGUGCCAACAACACCGACUGCCUGAAGUUCCUGCAGUGGCCGCUCAUCGUGAUCGGCGCUGCCAUCAUGGUCGUGUCUCUGGCGGGCUUCGCCGGCGCCUGCUACCGCAACACCUUCCUCAUGCGGUUCUACCAGUUCGUCAUGUUCCUCGUCAUCGCCGCCCUCCUCGGCUUCAUCAUAUUCGCCUACUCCGUCACCGACAAGGGCUCCGGCCGCCCCGUCAUGAACCGGGCCUAUUUGGACUAUUACCUGCAGGACUACUCGGGUUGGCUGGAGGAACGCGUAGCGGAUCAGAGCUACUGGGCUAAGAUCAGUUCUUGUAUUAGGGACUCUAAGGUUUGUGCCAGGACGAGGAGGGGUGUUAAUGGUGUUGCUGAGACUGCUGAUAUGUUCUAUAACAGAAGGCUCUCUCCCGUCGAGUCUGGUUGCUGCAAACCCCCUACAGAGUGUGGCUACACUUAUGUGAAUGAAACACUAUGGACGGCCGGAGGAGGGUUGGUGGGAACCAAUCCUGACUGCACAAGUUGGAACAAUGACCAACAGCAACUCUGCUAUAGCUGCAACUCUUGCAAAGCCGGUGUUCUUGCCAGCCUCAAGAAGAGCUGGAGGAAGGUCUCUGUGAUCAACAUUGUAGUGCUCAUCAUCCUAGUAAUCUUUUAUGUCGCUGGUUGUGCAGCAUACAGGAACAAUAAGCGGAUCGACAACCACGAAGCCUAUGGGGAAACUAGGAUGACCAAGGAACAACCUAGUAGGAUUCAUAUUUAACUACGCAUAAAAAGGAGAGCGGGAAAUGAUAGUCGUAAUUGGAAACUGUUUGUUUAAAAUGUAUUUUAAGGUUUUGGCAAUUUACUUAUAGGUCUGGUUUGUAGUUUUGGCCAUGUUGACAUAAAUAUGGAAUCCUAUAUUUGGUUGUA